GUUGUAUUGGCCUGUCCAGCUGCCCGCCUGUACUUUGUACAUUGUAGGGCUGAUGUGCUCGUCUCAGAUGGCGCGGGCUGUCGCUGCAGGUGCUGGCCGCGAGGCAUGAAUGUGCACCGACAACUUGCGGUCAGCGGGCUAUAGGGCAUCCACGCAGCCUUAUCAACGUCUGUCACUGCACCAUUGCGGUAUCAGCGUCCUCGACUCGUUCAACGUCCUGCAGCAAACCAGCAGCAGACCAGUCCGGUGCGACUGGCCUCGUGCGCCUUGCUGCCAUCCGCCGCCAUCCGCCGCGGUUGCUUCACGUGGGGCCGCUUGAUUCGUCCACAGCCGCUACAGCCUCCCGGCCCGCCCCCUGUGGCGAGCUGUCAGCUGAGAGCUGGAGCCGCUGGGUGGUGGUGGUUCCUACGGCAACUCACCACCAACCACCGGACCCGUGGCCUGCGUCAUCUGGUCAGUCGGCCAGGGCUAGGUUGUGCGUUGAGCGUGCACCCGCGGCACGCGUCUUUGCGAGGUACCCGCCAUUUAGCAAGGCACUCGACGAAGCUCGUGCUUGUCUGCGGCUCCGGGGGCUGUACCGUCGGCCUGCACGCAACGUAAACACCAUACUCACCCAUCACCGCCAUCAAACACAACCCGGCUCAGCUCGCCAUGAAGAUCUCGCUCGGCGCCUUGGCUCUGGGCCUCGUGUCCGCGCCCGCUGUCGCCGCCUGGGGCGGGCUGGGACAUAUCGCAACGGCGUACCUGGCGAGCCGCCUCGUGUCCAACUCGACCGAGGCCCACUUCAAGCAGCUCCUGCGCAACGACGGCGACGACUACCUCGCCGGGGUCGCGUCGUGGGCCGACUCGGUCCGCUACACGAAAUGGGGCCGCUUCACCAAGACGUUCCACUUCAUCGACGCCCACGACGACCCGCCGCGGUCGUGCAACGUCGACUUUGAGCGCGACUGCAAGGAGACGGGCUGCGUCGUCAACGCGCUCGCCAACUACACGCGCCAGUCGCUCGACCGCGAGAUGCCCGCCUGGCUGCGCGCACAGGCCGCCAAGUUCGUCAUCCACUUUGUCGGCGACCUGCACCAGCCGCUGCACAACGAGGACGUCUCCCGCGGCGGCAACGGCAUCUAUGUCCGCUGGGACGGCCGCGAGUUCAACCUGCACCACGUCUGGGACUCGUCCAUCGCCGAGAAGUGGAUCGGCGGCGUCCGCGGCAAGCCCUACCCCAUCGCCCAGCGCUGGGCCAACCAGCUGGCCGUCGAGAUCACCGACGGCAAGUUCGCCGAAGAGAAGGAGUCAUGGCUCAAGGACCUCGACUUUGACAAGCCCAUGGACACGGCCAUGGCGUGGUCGAGGGAGGCCAACGCGCUCGUCUGCACACACGUUCUGCCCGACGGGCCCGACGCAAUCGUGGGCAAGGAGCUCGGCGGCGACUACUUCACCAAGGCCGGCCCGGUCAUUGAGAAGCAGGUCGCCCGAGCCGGGUUGAGGAUGGCCGCAUGGCUGGACAUCAUCGCUGACAGGUAUCGGGCUGCCGGAGUCGCGCAGCUGCCCAACGAAGAGCUGUAGGAGGCGCGGAGAUCACGCCGCCAGUCGCACAGUCACCCAACAAAGAGCUCUGCAAGGCGCGGAGAUCACACGGCGACUUGCGCCAUAGCCGGCAGAACACAUGGACCAAUGCAAAACAUUUACGAC